UCGGUUUUUGGCCUCCCCCUUUCCCUUCUUCUCGUCCACACACAACGCUCAUACACACACAUCGCAGACACGCACGUGUAUAUAUAUAAUGCAUGUAUGCAUAUGGAGAACAUAAAUUACUGAGAUGGCAGAGGACACAACACUUGAAAAAACACCCACAUGGGCUGUGGCAACUGUUUGUCUUUUCUUGAUUCUUAUCUCCAUUUUUAUUGAGCAUUUGCUUCAUCUCUUAUCUCAGUAUUUCAACAAGAAGAAGAGGAAAGCACUGUUUCAAGCCCUAAACAAAAUCAAAUCAGAGUUGAUGGUACUGGGUUUCAUGUCAUUAUUGCUGGUCGUGAGUGAAAAGUCCAUUGCCAAAAUUUGCAUCCCAAUCAGCUAUGCUCAGUCAUUUCUGCCAUGCACCGGUAUCUCCUCAACUGAUUUUGACGAAGAAGAAGCCAAAUGUGAACAGCAGGGUAAGGCUUCCUUACUAUCAAGAAAAGGUGUAAGGCAACUCCAAUACCUAAUCUUUGUCUUGGCUUGCUUUCACUCUCUCUCUUGUGUUCUCACAUUCAGUCUUGGCAUGGCAAAGAUGAGAAAGUGGGAAUCUUGGGAAGCAGAAACAAGAACAUUGCAGUAUCAAUUCUCAAAUGAUCCAAGAAGAUUUCGGUUGAUCCAUGAGACAUCGUUUGGGAAACGACAUCUUAGAUUUUGGAGCGAACAUCGACUUCUUCGAUUCCCGGCAACUUUUCUUAGGCAGUUCUAUAACUCUGUAUCCAAAGUUGAUUACUUCACUCUUAGGCAUGGAUUCCUUAUGGCUCACUUUGGUGAGGGAAGUAAUUUUGAUUUCCAGAAAUUUAUAAAAAGAGCACUAGAGGAAGAUUUUGGAGUGGUGGUGGGUACAAGCCCAUGGACUUGGAUGUUUGCUAUACUUUUCAUGUUCUUCAAUGCACAUGGGUUUCAUAAUUAUCUAUGGCUGCCCUUUAUUCCCUUGUUGAAACUUCUUAUAGUGGGAACAAAGCUACAAAGCAUAAUAACAAGAAUGUGCAUUGAGAGGGAUGAAAAUUCUCAUUUAGUAAUUAGAGGGAAUGUGCUCGUCACACCCAGUGACCAUUUCUUCUGGUUCUUCUCUCCUAAAUUGCUUCUUCAUCUCCUGCACUUAAUAUUGUUUCAGAAUUCUUUUCAGUUAGCUUUCUUUACAUGGACUUGGUACAAAUUCGGAAUGCGAUCAUGCUUCCACAGAAAUACAGAGGAUAUAGUUAUAAGAAUUAGGGAGUAA